CUGGUUGCUUCACAAUUCCGCGGUUGCACAGACUUACUAAAGGAAGUGACCAUUGUGACUUGGGCAUCACUUGACUGAUGGUAAUCAGUUAGAGAGAAGCGCACUGAUUAUUGAGUCUGUCCACGUAGGGUCUGUCUGGCCAGGAGAGAAAGGAGAGAAGAGGAGAGAAAUCGUGCAUUUGCCCGCGAUGGGUUUUCUGGUUUGGGGAUUAGCCUCCGGUAGAGUUUUGUCCUGGCAGGUGGAUAAAUUCCUAUCCACAUUGUUCCUGUCCAUCACCAAUAGUGUAAACCGGAUACAUAGUCUAUCUUAAUAGUACUUUUACUUUGUACAGAGGGCCCCUCAAAAGACUGGAAAAUACUUUGAGAUAGGAUCACUAGUCAUCUUGGAAAGUUUAUAAUACAGAGACAGCACAGAAAAUAAAAGACCGUAGUACAUGGAUGCUAAUGAUAUGGGAUCAGAAUAUUUGAAAUAUUGAUAUUGUAAUCAUACCAUAUGUUUAAGAGGCCAUGCCAGAAGGCACCCAUUGAAAAGAAGCACGUAUAUAUACUAUCUCCUGAGUGUGGGUGUUUUUCCCUCUAUAUAUCAUACAUAUGAUACAGUUUAGAAACUAGGCACAAUAAGAGAUUAAAAUAACUAAUAAUAAAGUAGAACUAUUGCAGCAAUGCUGUAAUAAAAGCUCUGUGAAUAUAAUCUCUCUGUUUCAAAGUAGCUCACUGUACUUUCACCCCUGUUAAGUAAGACAAGGCUCACCCGAAUGCAGACACCUUGGUACUUGGACACCUGAUCUGAUAACCAGGAGGACAGAGAAGUAACUAGUGGCAUUCGGUAUGGAUAGCAUGAAUACGCUGGACAAAAGGGUGACUCACAACCUUGGAGCAGACAGCACACGAUUUCAUCACACUACCCAGCAUGAUAUGUCGCUUAAAACCUACAAACUAUAUUCUUCCGGAGAUUUUCAUUUACUCUUUUUGGAUUAAAGUUUGCUACAGCUUUUGCAAGCAUUUGGAUAAUGUGAGAGUUGAAAUGCAGGGAUGUCUACUAUCUGCCCACCACCAUCUCCUGCUGUUGCCAAGACAGAGAUUGCUUUAAGUGGUGAAUCACCAUUGUUGGCAGCUACCUUUGCUUACUGGGAUAAUAUUCUCGGUCCUAGAGUAAGGCACAUUUGGGCUCCAAAGACAGAACAGGUACUUCUCAGUGAUGGAGAAAUAACUUUUCUUGCCAACCACACUCUAAAUGGAGAAAUUCUUCGAAAUGCAGAGAGUGGAGCUAUUGAUGUAAAGUUCUUUGUCUUAUCUGAAAAAGGAGUAAUUAUUGUUUCAUUAAUCUUCGAUGGAAACUGGAAUGGAGACCGAAGCACUUACGGACUAUCAAUUAUACUUCCACAGACAGAACUUAGUUUCUACCUCCCACUUCACAGAGUGUGUGUUGACAGAUUAACACACAUUAUUCGGAAAGGAAGGAUAUGGAUGCAUAAGGAAAGACAAGAAAAUGUCCAGAAAAUUGUUUUGGAAGGCACAGAGAGAAUGGAAGAUCAGGGUCAGAGUAUCAUUCCCAUGCUUACUGGGGAAGUCAUUCCUGUGAUGGAGCUGCUUGCAUCUAUGAAGUCACACAGUGUUCCCGAAGAAAUAGAUAUAGCUGAUACAGUCCUCAACGAUGAUGACAUUGGUGACAGCUGCCACGAAGGCUUUCUUCUCAAUGCCAUCAGCUCACAUCUGCAGACCUGUGGCUGUUCUGUCGUAGUAGGCAGCAGUGCAGAGAAAGUAAAUAAGAUAGUGAGAACAUUAUGCCUUUUUCUGACUCCAGCAGAGAGGAAAUGCUCUAGGCUGUGUGAAGCAGAAUCAUCCUUUAAGUAUGAAUCAGGACUAUUUGUACAAGGCCUGCUAAAGGAUGCAACGGGAAGUUUUGUACUACCCUUCCGGCAAGUUAUGUAUGCCCCGUAUCCAACCACACACAUUGAUGUGGAUGUCAAUACUGUCAAGCAGAUGCCACCAUGUCAUGAACAUAUUUAUAAUCAACGCAGAUACAUGAGAUCAGAGCUGACAGCCUUCUGGAGGGCAACAUCAGAAGAGGACAUGGCUCAGGACACCAUCAUCUACACAGAUGAAAGCUUCACUCCUGAUUUGAAUAUUUUCCAAGAUGUCUUACAUGGAGAUACUCUAGUGAAAGCCUUCCUGGAUCAGGUCUUCCAUUUGAAACCUGGCCUGUCUCUCAGGAGUACUUUCCUUGCACAGUUCCUACUCGUUCUUCACAGAAAAGCCUUGACACUAAUCAAAUACAUAGAGGACGAUACGCAGAAGGGGAAAAAGCCCUUUAAGUCUCUUCGGAACCUGAAGAUAGAUCUUGACUUAACAGCAGAGGGCGAUCUUAACAUAAUAAUGGCUCUAGCUGAGAAAAUUAAGCCAGGCCUACACUCUUUCAUCUUUGGGAGACCUUUCUACACUAGUGUACAAGAACGUGAUGUUCUAAUGACUUUUUGAACAUGUGGUUUGCUGUGUACAUCUCAUCACAGUCAGGCUUGCUGUUACAGUAGCUCCGUGGUGUGGACACAUUCUUCCUCCAGCAUCCUGCUCUAGGAGUUAGUUACACUACACUUGUCACAGGAGGUCUGUACAGGAGUGUCAGGUGCAGCGUUACAGUGAAUGUCCAUUUUCCUAGAAUAGAUGUACUCUUAGGGACUUAUGUUUACAGUCAUCCUAAAUGCUAUUGCUGUCUUUUAAAGAUAUGAAUGAUAGGAAAUAAACUUGACAUAACUGCUUGUUUUUUUAAAAAAAUAAAAUAAAAACUUAUGAUUAAUGGUUUACAUGUAUCAUAGUGAAGCCCUAGUUAACUUUUACAGAUACAGUGCAAGUUCACUCUCUGUCCCUCAGUGUUCUGUGGUGUGUAGAAUUACAUUCUUCUGCAACAACUGAAAAUUAGAGCCUUCCAACUUUUCAGUUCCACAGAAAGGAACUUAGCUUGACUACAGGACGUUUUGGAAGAAGGCAUUGAUAAAGCAGAGUUUUACAUGAAAUCAAUCGUUAGAACUUCCUUGAUAGACUUAGUCCUUCAGAUUUAGUCUGUAUAGAAACGCCGAGCAGUCGUGUGUGGUCACUGAACCGUGGUAUGCUUUAUGUUGGUUUAUUGUCGUAACUUUGUCAAAGAAAGUGACAUUUUGUUUUAUAAUUGCUGCCAAUUUUUAAAAUUAAUUUUCAUUAUUUUUGAGCUGAGUGCACCUCCUGUGCCUUUCCCAGUCUUGGAAAUAUGAUUUCUUGGAGGAGGGUCAGAUUUCACUGCUCGGCUGUCUCUGUCUGACUUACCUUGGGCACGGUCUGCCAUGUGCCUGGCUUGGAAGUCCUUGUGAAAUAUGUCAGAGAAUACAUGAGCUGAUAAAUCUUCUUUCAAGAUCAGGAAGGCUUCUUGCUGCUUUCCUUCCAUUUUUGCCUGUAAUCUGUGUGUUUUCCAUGUUGCCUGCAUCAUAAGAACAGCGGGAGAAAUUUGACCCCAGUGCUAUUUUUCUAGGUGCUAUUAUGGCAAAUUCAGUGGUCUGUUUUUGUUCCUGUAAUAUUUGACAUCUUGCUGGCUGUGAAAUACUGAUUAGUAGAGUUCUGUGAUAGAGCAGUGUUGACAUAGGAGUAUGCAUAAACACAAAUAAGUAUUUUAUUUAAAACUGUGGACUUAACAUAAAAGGGAGAAUAUAUUUAUUUUUUACAAAAGGAAUAAGAAUGGAGCCUUUUCCCCACCCAUCAAAUUUAGCAAGAAAAAAAAAAGUUCUAUUCUGAAAGGUCACAGUGGCUUUGAUAUUACAAAUCAGAAAAGUGUAGCCAUCUUAAUUUUGAAACACACACUGACCAGGAUAGCUUAUGAACUCCAAGCCGGUCGUUGUGGUAAAGUGUGUAGAUUCCACCUUUUAGUGUCCCACACUUAAAGCUUUACACAGAAGAGUCUUACUUAAGCGCUAAUUGUUUUCCUUUGCUGGUUUACUGUGGUGUUAUAGAGAAUGUAAGUUGUACAGUGAAAUAAGUUAUUGAAGCAUGUGUAAACACUGUUAUAUGUCCUUUCUCCUAGGUGGGGAAUUUUGAAUAAAAUACUUUUGAAAUUC